AUACAUUGGUUUAGGAGGUUGAAUAGGAAGAAACCCUUGAGGUUUCAUAGAUUCUUAUUUCAAGUCCUACACCUAAACCUCUUGUGCUAUAUUGUUCAAAAUCCAAAGAAGACAUGGGUUUUCACAUUCCUUUGUCUUUAGCUUUUGGCCUACUAGGUAAUGCCAUUUCCUUCAUGGUGUACUUGGCUCCUGCGCCAACAUUUUACAGAAUAUGGCAAGUAAAAUCCACUGCUGGUUUCCAAUCUUUGCCUUACUUGGUGGCUUUAUUCAGUUCUAUGCUUUGGUUAUACUAUGGUUUACUCAAGACAAAUGCUACAUUCCUCAUUACCAUUAAUGCAUUUGGAUGUGUUGUUGAGGCUAUUUACAUCAUCCUCUACACAAUCUAUGCCACCAAAAAUGCCAGGAUCUUAACCAUGAAAAUAUUCAUGGGGAUGAAUGUGGUCUCUUCUGUGUUGAUAGUUCUCAUCAUCCAAUUUGCUCUGCAAGGUUCCCUCAGAGUCACAGUCCUUGGAUGGGUUUGUACAACUUUUUCAAUCUGUGUCUUUGCAGCACCUUUAACCAUUGUGGCUAAGGUUAUCAAAACAAAGAGUGUUGAGUUUAUGCCAUUCAAUUUGUCACUUUUCCUCACAAUAAGUGCUGUAAUUUGGUUUUCUUAUGGUCUCUUCCUCAAGGAUAUAUGCAUUGCGCUUCCAAAUGUGCUGGGUUUCAUACUAGGACUAUUUCAGAUGAUACUAUAUGCUGUUUAUAAGAACAAAGCCACAGCUCCAAAGGAGGAAUUUGAACAAGAGCAGACAAUGACAAACGUUGUUAUAUUGAGUCCAAUGGGAAUUCUAAUGUCGUCUCCAUCCCCAAUUAGAGAAAAAUUGAGUAAACAAAAUACAAGUGGUGCAGAAGUGAGGAACACUGCCAUGGAAGUUAUAGUGAAUUCAUGUGAAGUAAUAUCAUCUCCAUUAUUUGACAAAGCGAAGAAGGGAAAAGAAGGUGUGGAAGAGAAGAAGAAGAAAAGUGUGGGAAGUUCUUCUGCAUGAUAUAUGAUAUUUAUAAUAUGGUUUUUAUUAUGAUAUAUAAUAUUUAUAAUAUUAUAUUAUAAUAUUUAUAAUAUGGUUUUUAUUAUGUCUACAACUCCUUGUAUUAUUUAUAUUUAUA